AUGACCCGCCGGGUUUGUGUGCGCGCGUGUGAGAGAGACGGGGCACCAAGCGCGCCUGCGCUCUGGCCUCCGUGGCAAGCCGACGCGCAGGCGCGGCCAUGAGCGUCCCGCCCCCCUUCUUUGCCUCAACGGGCGGAAGCGCAGCCCGACGCGAGGGGCGGGAGGAGGAGGUCGUUGGAGGCGCCUGUUCCGGUCGCGAGGGGCUUCCUGGUCGCAGCAGGCAGCGCUAGUGAGUAACGUGCGCGAGGGAGCGAGCUCGAGGACUAGGCGGCCUUGACCCCCCGGCCCGGCCCGGCCAGCUGUUGGCGCGCCCGCUUUUCCCUCACCCCCGCGCCGACCUUACCCAACUCUCCUCUCCUCAGGUUGCCCAAAUUUCAUCCUUCUGGCGGGAAUAACGCUCGGGUGGGCGGGUGUUUUCUUACGUUUUUACUUUUGUCAAGGAUGGUUCUCUGUGAGGGGUGGGGAGCACUCUGCUCAUGCUCGAAGGCGUCGGCGUCCUUAGCCUCUCCCUCCUGCUUCCCGUCAGGAGGUCAAAGCAUUGAUGAGCCGCAGCCUCCCUCAAACUUGGGUCCAACCAGAUGUUGUUGGACUACAAGUCCCAUCCUCCCCGACCGCUGCUCCUGCUCGCAAGGGUUGAUGGGAGUUGUAGUCCCAGCCACAACACCUGGGGACCCAAGUUUGUGAGAGGCUGUAGGGAGGGAUACCAUAUCGCAGCAUUUGUUAGGUCUUGUUCGCCUGUUGCGAGUUGAAGCUUUGUUCUGUUCAGAGAAAAUGUAUUUUUCACAUGCUCUGAGGGCGACAGCGCCUGGAAUGUUGGGAUGCUUGAGAAAAACUAUUUGCGGUCCUGUUCAGCUUCAAAGUGUGGAAAGAUUGUGUUGGCCACCCCCUCUCUUCCAACACAGCGCAGUUGGCAACAGAACUUGGGGAAGGGGAGCAGGGAAUAGUGCCAUGAGGCAGGGCUGUAGCUACGGAGGGGGUGGGGGCUAGCCAAGUUUCUUGCCCUGGGUGAAGCCUCCAUAGGGGCGCCAAAUGUGUGUUGGGUGUGUGUGUGCCAAACACGGUCUUUGGUCCGGGUGAAAUAAAGCCUAGUUUUGCCUGUGCUUGAGGAUACUUAGUUCUACAGAGACAUAUAUGAAGUGUUUAUGAAAUUAGGAGUACUGAAAUAGUUUAGGAGUACAGUGGUACCUCGGGUUAAGUACUUAAUGCAUUCCAGAGGUCCGUUCUUAACCUGAAACUGUUCUUAACCUGAAGCACCACUUUAGCUAAUGGGGCCUCCUGCUGCCGCCAUGCCGCCGGAGCAUGAGUUCUCUUCUCAUCCUGAAGCAAAGUUCUUAACCCGAGGUAAUAUUUCUGGGUUAGCAGAAUCUGUAACCUGAAGCGUAUGCAACCCGAGGUACCAGCGUACAGACAUAUUUUGGUCUCUUGAACACAUGGCACAUUCGUUAUUGGCCAGGCUUUCUGUAACCAAGAUGUUUGAACUGUGCUAGUGCUAGGUAUUAUAUGGAUGUACAAAAUAUAAGAAGAGCCGAGUAACCUCAACCACAGUGCUCAUUGCACUUAGAAACCAGAUUCCUAUGAAAAGCCAAGAAGUAGGACAUGAGCACAACAGUACUAUCCACACUUGUAUACCACUGGUAUUUGGAGGUUCACUGCCUCUGAUAGUGGAGGGUAGAAACUCAGCCAUUGUGGUUUGUAGCCAUUUGAUAGCUCGAUCCUCCUGGAAUUUGUCUAAUCCUCAUUUACACCCAUUCAUUUAAAAAGCCAUGGUGGCCACAACUAUAUCUUAUUGAAGCAAAUGCCAUAAUUUAACUAUACAGUGGUGCCUCGCAAGACGAAAUUAAUUCGUUCUGCGAGUUUUUUCGUCUUGCGAAUUUUUCGUCUUGCGAAGCACGGUUUCCCAAAGUCUUCAAAAACACCAAAGUCUUCAAAAACCUCAAAAAAGGCUACCACACCGCGUGCUAUGAGUUGCUCCUCGAAGUCAAGUCGCAACUGCACCUCUUCAAGCAAUGCACCCUGGGUAUUAACGGUUUUAAGAAAAGGAAACAAACUUGCAAGACGUUUUCGUUUUUCGUCUUGCGAAGCAAGCCCAUAGGGAAAUUCGUCUUGCGAAGCAACUCAAAAAACGAAAAACUCUUUCGUCUUGCGAGUUUUUCGUCUUGCGAGGCAUUCAUCUUGCGAGGUACCACUGUACACUGUGUGGAUAUGUACUUUCUAUUGUGUAACCUGAAUCUUCCUGAAUUAAGCUUCAUUGAGUGUCCCCAAGUUCAAGUAUUAUGUGAAGGGGGGGGGAAUCACUCUCCAUUUUUCAACACUGUUCACAAUUGUAUACACCUCUAUCAAAUGGCUUCUUACUUGCCUUUUCUGUAAAUUAGAAAGUCCAAAAUGUUGUUUCCUCAAUUCAAGGGGAGUUGCUCUGACCCAUUGAUCACUUUGGUUGUCCUUUUCUGAACUUUUCAAACCCCACAAUUUUCUUUUUAGGGGGAGGCAACCAGAACUUUACACAGUAUUCAAAAUAUGCUCAUGCCAUAGAUUUGUGUAAUGGUAUUAUGAUACCAGCAGUUUUAUUUUCAGUUCCAUUCCCAAUGAACCCUAGCAUGGAAUUCUCCCUUUUCAUAGCUGCCAUCUGCUGAGACUGAGUCGACUUCAUUGAACUAUCCACUACAAUCACAAUAUCUCAUUCCUGAUCAGUCACUGCUAAUUUAGAGCACAUGAGUAUAUAUUAGAAAUUAAGGUGUGUGUCGUCCCCCCACCGUCAUUCAUCCCUUUACACCAACUUACACUGAAUUACAUUUGCCAUCUUACUCUCUGUUCACUCAGUUUGGAGAGAACCUUCUGGAACGUUUCACAAUCCUGUUUUGUUUUAACCCCCUGGACAAUUUGGUGACUUGGCUACUUCGUUGUUCACCCCUAGCUCUUAAGUAAUUUAUGAAGAUGCUAAAAACACAUCCCAGUACUGAUCUUUGGGGAACACAUUCUAUCUCUUUAUUUGGAGAACUGUCCAGUCCCACAUUCUGUUUCCUGUUUCUUAAGCAGUUACUGAUCCACAGUAAGAUCUUUGUCAAAAGCUUUUGGAAAGUUUUAAGUAAGCUGUGUCAAUUGGAUCACCUCUAUCUAUAUGCUUGUUGACAUUCUCGAGUCUAAAAGUUUAAUGACACCGGACUUGCCCUUGCUGAAGCCAUUCUGGUUCUGGUUCAGGAAGACUUGUUCUUCUGUACUGUAUGCUUGUUAAUUCUACCAGUUUCCUCAGAACAAACAUUAAGCUAACUAGCCUUUAAUUUUCAGAAUCCCGCUUGAAUCUGUUUUUCAAAAUUGAUGUUGCAUUGGCUGCUUUCCAGUCAUCAGGUAUGGAGGAUGAUCUUGGGGAAAGGUUACAUAUUUUUGUUAGAAGACCAGCAAUUUCACAUUUGAGUUCUCUGAGAACUCUCAGGUGGAUGUCAUAUGGCAAUUUGUCAGUUUUUAUUUUUUUCUGUUAGGCCUAGAGAACGUCAUCUCUUACCACCCCUUUCUUCCUCAGUUCCUCAGACUCCUAUCCUGUGAAUAUUAGUUCAGGUACACAGUUCUGCCCUAUAUAUUCUGCUGCAGAGACAGAUGCAACAAAUUCAUUCAGCUUCUCUGUAAUCUUCUUCAGUACACAUUUGAUUCUCUUAUCAUCCAAAAGUCCAGCUGCCUCUCUAGCUGGUCUCCUGCUACAAAUGUAUUUGAAGAGUUUUUGUUGGUGGUGUUUGUUUAUAGCAUUGUGCUUCUCAAAUUAUCUUUUAGCAUCCCGUUGGCAUUUCUUUUGCCAAAGUUUGUGUUCCAUUUUGUCCUCCUGUUAUAAAACCCACAGAAUAACACUUUUAUAUAGCGUAUUUCAAAGAUUCAUAGUGCUUCGUGCACAAUAAUAAUCCCUACAGUAGCCCUGCUAGGUGAGCCAGUAUUAUUAUCCCCAUGUUGUAGGGUGAAUGAGAAAAAGUGAUUUGCUGAAGUCUGUCAUUGGUGGGAAUUAACUUAGUAGAGUCUUGUUUAUGAAAAGUAUGUCACAAUACAUUGGCUGAAUGGUGGUAUGGCUUACCAUGAGUGAGCAGUGUACAAAUGAAUACAGUGGUACCUCGGGUUAAGUACUUACCAUAUUUUUCGCUCUAUAAGACACACCAGACCACAAGACGCACCUAGUUUUUGGAGGAGGAAAACAAGAAAAAAAAUAUUCUGAAUCUCAGAAGCCAGAACAGCAAGAGGGAUCGCUGCGCAGUGAAAGCAGCAACCGCUCUUGCUGUUCUGGCUUCUGGGAUAGCUGCACAGCCUGCACUCGCUCCAUAAGACGCACACACAUUUCCCCUUACUUCUUAGGAGGGAAAAAGUGAGUCAUAUAGAGCAAAAAAUACGGUAAUUUGUUCCGGAGGUCCGUUUUUAACCUGAAACUGUUCUUAACCUGAAGCACCACUUUAGCUAAUGGGGCCUCCCACUGCCGCCGCGCCACCAGAGCAUGGUUUCUGUUCUCAUCCUGAAGCAAAGUUCUUAACCCGAGGUACAAUUUCUGGGUUAGCGGAGUCUGUAACCUGAAGCAUAUGUAACCCGGGGUACCACUGUACUGCUGAAUAGCUCCCAUUUUGCCCUCAUCUUGUUUUGCUGGGAGCAACAAAACAUGAACCUUUCCUUUAUGUGUGAACCAGUGAUCCUGGUUUGCUCCUUCCAAACUGUUUGGUGAACCAAGAACAAGCCUUGGCUGAACAUCAGAAACAAACAACUGAUGCUAGUUACCAUGUCACACUAAGUCAAGGCUUCAUGAUUUGUUGGUCCUUACUUAAUGAAGAGAGGUGCAAAAUGAGAGUGAUUCUGUAGGAUGCAGUAGUUCACUGUUCACAGCAAGCCGCAGUUCAUGGAUUACCAUGGCAUAUAAAUUUGGCCAACAGGUUGGUGCUGGAUUCUUUGGGUUUGUUUGUUUUUUAAAGAAAAAUACAAUUUGUCAUUGUAAUAAGAUUCAGAUUUUGUCCAUCUUUCAACUGGAGGUGGGAAGGCCCGGGGUGGUAGGAAACAAUGGAAAAAUGGGGGGAUGCCCCAAUUUUUCUGUUUCUCCUCUAAUUUGUUCUCAAAAAUAAAAAGCCCAGACAAAUUUUGAAUCAUGAGUUUUCUCUCGGUUUUUCCGGUUUCCCUCCCACCUCAGGUCCUUUGCAUCUCUCAGAUAGGGUUAUUGCUUUUUAGCUUGGCCUAUUGCAGUUAGUCCAACCAUUUACCAGGUCCCUGGAGAAAAACAAGAGCUUAUUGUGAUCAGACUAUAUUAUAAUUACAGACAUGGUGACAUCAUUUUAAUUGUUUUACUGUUAAAUACAGAGUUGAAAAGCUGGUAAUUAAUGGUGGAUAUAGUUAAAGCAGGCUUUGGCAAACAUUUCAAUCUAAUGCACUUGCUGUUGCUUUUUGUUCCUUAAAAAUAUUGCUAUUUUCACCUGGAACUUCUUGCCUCCCUGAAACCUGGUUGGUGCCUGCAAUAUUAACAUUCAACUGGCAGCCCAGUAAUUUGUUUCUUACAUUUCCUUUGGCAAUUGUUACUGAUGUUCAGCUGAGAGAUGGCUUCUAUAUUUUGAUUUUUAUGUAUUUUUGUGAUUCUAUUGAUAAUAACAUUUUAUUUCCUCACAGUUUGAUUGUUAGCCACCCUGAGAUCUUUCACAAAAUAGAAUAGAGUGGAACAGAAACAGCUUGAUUAAAUGCCACUAAAAGAAGUUUGUCUAGGAAAAAUUUCCCAUUUACUUGUCUGUAAGAAGGUUAUAGCCCCAGGCACUUUCCUGGCUUCUUCAGGUAGGAUUCUGAAAGAACCCCCCCCCCCCCCCGCUGAAAUGCUGAAGAUCUACUACCAGUCAGUGUAGAUAGCUAGAUUAGCUAGAUAGCCUUAUCCCAUGUCAUAUCGCUGGUCUAUGUUCCUAUGUACUGUUUGUGACUUGUGAGUUGUGACUGGCAAGUGAAACACAGAUUGCUUUCCCCCAGUAUGUGCCAAGAUUUUCUCUAGGCAUCAGACUUCUUCAUAUUUUUCUCUGAGUGUAAAUCUUCUCUGUUCUUAAAAACCCUAUUCUUGUGCUUUAAUGAGGAGCCGGGGAACUCUUUAAAUAGUAUGCCCUAUCGCAGGUAAUUCCUUGUCUCCAUCUUACAUUGGUUCACAGAUGUUGUGUUGCAUCUGUGUAGCAUGGCAAUAUGGCUUGACUUGAUAGCCUUGAGUCAACAACCACCCCUUCAUCGUCUGCUUUGUAUGAAGGGGUGGUUAUUAAGUUAUUUCCUGUGAGAAAUAUCCCCCCAGUCUAAGGCUCGUAUGAAUGAGCUCAAAGUGUGGAAAAUUAAGCCCCUCACAGCAUGCAUUGUGUUCUUUUAACUUCAAGGCUUCUACUGUUACCAUGCCAGGGCCUGUUAGCUUUACUUAAGAUAUGAAAGUGGUCCGUGGCUUACUAAUGUUGUGUCAGUUUAUGGAUUUUGUUUGCUAUGGAAUGAGAAAAGUGCUUUCUAUUAGGGGGUAUGAGUGAUGUUAUAAAAAUGCCCAGCCAAUAAUUUUUUGUCAAGUGCCUCAGAUCUACACAAAGUGAAAAGGGAGAACAGGCCCUGUCUGCAGGCUUACACGCUGAAGUAUUGCCACACAGCUGAAAUUAUGGUGCUAUCAUUUAAUAUUUCACCAUUCUUCCCAGCUCUAUGCAUUUAUAUUUACUACUUUUAUUGUAAAAAAUCAGUUUCUGUGGAAAUUCUUUUGAUAUUUUCACUGACUGCAAACAUGGUGGUGAAGUAAGCAUGAAUAUUUUGUGAUAUCUUUGGGUUACUGCCAGCUACACAUCAUCUGGGUUCUGUUGGUUUGAAUCUUAUUUAUUUAUUUUAUUUAUUGAAUUUAUAUACCGCCCUAUACCCGGAGGUCUCAGGGCGGUUCACAGAGUAAAAUCAAAAUAUAAAACCAUAAAAUACAUAAUCGAAAUAAAAACAAUCCAAUAGCCCCCACCCCCUUCUGAAUUUAUCAUGUUGGCAAUUGAACUGCAUCUUUUAGAAGUAAGUGGAAGAAAAGCAACUUUGUUGAUCACCAACCCAUAUGUCUUGUAGUAGCCAUUUCUUUAUUCCCUGGGCUAGCUACCUCUAGUUCCCUUCUUACCCUUGGAGGAAGACAGAGCAUUCAGACUAGUCAGUGUGCCACUUUCCUGUGGCAAGUAGCAUUUACCCCUUUGCAAGCCUAUAUCUAGCAAAGUGUAAGGAUGCCUGGUUGUGUGCCUAAAUAACUUGUUCUGACUCUUUAAAUCUGGGGCUGGCAGUGUGCAUCAUCCCUGGAUGACUGUUUGCCAGCCACAGAGGACCUUUGUGUCACCUGUGUACAUACUCUCAUUUUUUUUUUUAAUAAAAAAGAGGCCAGUAUGUAUUUAAAAGCGAGAUGCUAUGCCUUGUAUAAGCACACAGCCUUCAUAAACGUGAUACGUACACUUUUGUACUCAAUUUAUCCAUAGUUGAAUGAGUACCAAAUGUUUCAUGUGACUUGGCUGUGAGUGGCUAGUGUCAAAGAACAAUCUUGCCUAAUAGUACCAAACGUUGUGACCACCUGCAGAAAAUGUAGUGGUUUCUGUAUUCUUGAGGGACCCAUCAGGUAUUCGGAAUGAAAGAAAAGGUGAGAGACUAGUUUGAAAGGUUUUGGCCUUGGAGACUUAGGGAUCCACUUGGUUUCCAGAAUGAUUUGGGGUACUUAGGUGGUACCAUUGAUGCCUCUCUUGUUGCACUAGCAGGAUGUGAAAUGGGUUUGCUGGUGCUAUAGGCAGAGAUGCUCCCUGAUGCUGUGCAUUUCAUUGGACCCCAGCUCCUGUUUUAAUGAGGAGCCAGGGAACUUGAAGUAUAUGGAGGUGGCUUGAAUGCCAAUACUGGAAAGACUGUGUUGAAUCUAACCAACCAUUUCAUAGUGUCCAAUUGCAGACCUGUGUUGUGAUGGCAACAAAGAGGUAGUGUUUCUCUUUUUCUCCCUCCUUUGCUUCAGUGAAAUUAUGUCCAUUUGUGUUCUUCCAGGUGGUGAGGGUCUAACCCUAAGGUGAACCAGAGGCUGAUCACUGCAAUGUAUUGGCCAUAUUAUUUGCUGAUAAACUUGCUGACAUUGGUCCGACUUGGACACAGCCAUAGGGGCAGAAUUGAAAUUGGCAGUGUUGGACUACAGUUCUCUUGGUGCAGUAGCUAGGAUAAUUCUGAUCUGUUCUACCUUGAGGAUGUUGUUCAUCUUAGCUAGUGAAACCUGUCAGUUGCAGCUGAGUAGACCUGUGGCCAGGGUUGUUAAUGGUUCAUUAUUGGAUGGUGAAAUUCUUCCAUUUCUGAAGGAAGAGUUCUUUCAACUGCUUUUAAAACAGCUUUUGUAAAAUCUAAUUGAGAUGAGUUGGAGGUGACUCUGGUAUAAAAUUGAAAGUAGUUUGGAGGGAGAUUGAUUGGACUCCAGUAAACUCCUUAAAACAUGCAUAGGAUUGCACUGUUAAAGUGGUUGGCCUGAGGUUUUGUGCAUUUUAAAAGUUGGUACUUGCGUGUAAAUGAAAUCUUCAUUUGGUAUUGAUUAGCAUCAUUCAUUAUUUUGGUUUGUCUUGUUUCUUUUGCUAGAUGCAAAAUACUUUCCACAAUGAUUGGUGGAUAUGA